AGAUACACAGUUUGCGUGGAAGAGGUUGUACACAAGAUGAUCCCAGUCCGGCACAUUCUUGCAUGAGUAGUUCCAUUGGCUUCAGUGAGACUAGACUAUUCGCACGGUUGAGUGAAGAGUUGGCCAUUCAAAGUGACUGAAAAUAUCAAAGAGGAGACCUAAAAGGAGAUCUGCUUAGUGUGACAUCUCUUCAGAACCGUUCCACAAAGUGCAAUUACACGACAUUCUGAGCAUCUUUGAUAAAAAGCCUGACCCUAGGACAAUCCUUUUCCAAAUAUAGCAUUUUGUCACCUAAAAUCCAGAUCCUGGCAGUGAAGUAAAUGGCUCAACUUCCCCCUGGAGUUCGCUUCAUCGUUUUAUUUACAAGAGAUCAGUGGUGCAGGGCCUUCAUUUUUGUUCUUACCUUUUUGUUAUAUGCUAGUUUCCACUUGUCAAGGAAACCUAUUAGUAUAGUUAAGGGAGAACUACAUAAGCACUGUGCUCCUCCAAGUGAAGUUGAACUCAACUCCUACAAAGAAUAUGCCAUCCAGAUUCAGCCUGUUAAAAAGUUAUCUAAUGAGUCUCAGUGUGGUUGGGAGCCAUUUGACAAGAACAAUUACAAACAAUUACUGGGAGCCCUGGAUUACUCAUUUCUGUGUGCUUAUGCAGUUGGAAUGUAUUUGAGUGGUAUAAUAGGAGAGCGACUGCCUAUCCGGUAUUAUCUAACAGCUGGAAUGCUUGCCAGUGGACUCUUCACUGCAAUGUUUGGGUUGGGCUAUUUCUAUAAUAUACAUAACCUGUGGUUCUACAUGAUAGCUCAGAUAGCUAAUGGAUUGGUGCAAACCACUGGCUGGCCCAGUGUGGUUACCUGCAUUGGCAACUGGUUUGGAAAAGGAAGGAGAGGUUUGAUCAUGGGAAUCUGGAAUUCUCACACUUCCGUAGGGAAUAUCUUAGGAUCCUUAAUUGCUGGUUACUGGGUAUCUACCUGCUGGGGUCUGUCUUUUGUGGUUCCUGGUGUUGUUAUUGCUUGCCUGGGGAUCGUUUGUUUUCUGUUUCUCAUUGAACACCCUAAAGAUUUAAGUUACUCUUGCAAACCAUCCAGUGAUCCAGCGAUGCAGUGUUUGCUUCCUGACAGAGAGAACUUCACAGUGCCACUGAACCAUAACGUGGCAGUCAAUGGGGAAGGUGGAACUAGAAUGUCAGCUAUAAGCUUCAUAGGUGCUUUGCGAAUACCUGGAGUCAUAGAAUUCUCUCUCUGUUUGUUGUUUGCUAAACUAGUCAGUUACACUUUCCUUUUCUGGCUUCCGCUCUAUAUCACAAACGUAGAGCAUCUUGAUGCGAAAAGAGCUGGGGAUCUUUCUACAUUGUUCGAUGUGGGUGGAAUCUUUGGUGGCAUUUUGGCAGGCAUGAUAUCAGAUAGAUUAGAAAAAAGGGCUUCAACCUGUGGAAUGAUGUUACUACUAGCAGCACCUGCCCUAUACAUGUUCUCUGCAAUCAGUAAAAUGGGCCUAGAAGCUACCAUAGUUAUGCUGCUUAUCAGUGGAGCCCUGGUGAACGGUCCUUAUGCACUGAUCACAACUGCGGUCUCAGCCGACUUGGGUACCCAUAAAAGUCUGAAAGGAAAUGCAAGAGCCCUGUCCACAGUUACGGCUAUCAUCGAUGGAACAGGUUCUGUAGGUGCUGCUCUCGGGCCUCUGUUAGCUGGUCUCAUCUCUCCCUCUGGUUGGAACAAUGUAUUUUACAUGCUAAUGGUGGCAGAUGCAUGUGCCUUAUUAUUCUUACUCCGUCUUAUACGAAAAGAACUCCAGUGUAAGAUGGACCAGACCUUGUUUAAGGAACACUGACUUAUGAUAUCUCAGACAUGGAAUUAAGGUCUUCAUGUGUGAUCAAAACUACGCCCUCAAAAGACUGUGGAAUAAAUUAUUCUGUAUUUGUGAUUUGUCUUGUGGAGCAUUUUGCACAUUUACCAGGACAGGAUUGAGAAAUUCAGCUGGUGAAUUCCUGGUGAAGUUUUUUUGUUUUUGUUUUGUUUCCUGUUUGCACAUACAUCAGUCUCUCAGGAUGGUGACUGUUUAUCACAUGAAGAGACAGAAGCUUUGGGAAGCUGUAUGCCUUAACUGAGCCAAAAAAGAAAUACCAAGUGCCUUUUGAUUCAUGUUGAUAGGAUAUUUUAAGUAAACCUUAAACUGCUUAUUUUUAACAAACUGCAAGGAGAUUUGAGAAUAGAGCACAAAGAAGAAAAUGAACUCUCUUCGGAUGCUUCAGCAGUGGAAUGUGCCAAUGGUAUUAGCAAAGAAUUUGUGAGCGAAGUGUCUUUUAAGAACAUAAGAACGGCCAUACUGGGUCAGACCAAAGGUCCAUCUAGCCCAGUAUCCUGUCUUCCGACAGUGGCCAAUGCCAGGGUCCCCAGAGAGAAUGAAUAGAACAGGUAAUCAUCAAAUGAACCGUCCCCUGUCACCCAUUUAUGCCACCUCUUAAAAGAUAAGGUCAUCACACUAUGUAAAAGUACCAGCUGUCUCAGAUUCACUGCUACUCAAUAUCCUGAAACAGUUUAAACAGUAAGAAAGUAGUCUGACCAUAUUAUCAGACUUUCACUACAGCACUAACUUAUCCUACACUGUAAAAUCCCCAGGGCAGCAUUCCGCUCUUUUAUGUAUAAUAUAUUGGAACUUGUACAUAAGUAGUUACAAUGUGCGGUAAAAAAGUAGCCUCCACUAGCCCCCUGGAUGGGGAGUUUUGCUCAUUUGGGGUUGUCAGAAAAGGAGACUCAAACAACAAAGAGGCUCAUUAUGAUGGCGCAUUUCCUGUCAGGAGUUCUAAUGAUUUGUAGGGCAUUAUACACUGGUUGUGCAAACUUUAGAGAAUUGUUUUAUUGUUAAUUCUAUAUGCUCCUUUGGAGUUGCAGGUUAUUUUUAAUUUGGAGGGCAAAGGCAUUGUCUCACCUGUGACUGAAGCUUUAGCACUAGCUGCCUUUUUUAUUUUAUUUUUUUUAAUGGGUGAACAAAAAAUUGGCUGGUUUAAACCCUGAUCCUGAAAUGGUGUUGAGUUCAAGCACCCAUUGACUUCAAUGGGGCUGGAUGCAGUGCAGGGAGUCUGUCCACUCCGAGCUCAUUGCAGGAUCAGGACCUUAAUCAUAGCACCAAAAAUCUGUCAAAAAACUAAUGUUGCAGUCCAAGUUUAGAGCCAAAGUAUAUGGUUUAAAAAAAAAAAAAAAACCUGACCCACAUACUGGACAUAAAGUCGGGAAAGGAAAUUCAGAGGUUUAUAUUAUCCUGUAAGUGCAAGUGUUAGUGUUUUCAUAAUACACUGUUUCUUCUUGAUCUGACAGCUUUUAAUCUCCUUCCAAUAAAAGACAAGCUUCUCGUGAAUAUUUGUAAGAUGUACAAUAAUAUUAAAGGGAAUUUCUAUAAAAGAGAUGUUUAUUAUGUUGACUAUAAAGGUUAAAUAGACUUAAACUGUAUAUUGUUAUAAUGUGUAUUUAUUAAACCUCUGCAGAACUGUUCUUCUGAAUUUUUUGCUUUUUUAACUUUUUUACAAAACACUGUGGUACUGUACAUACCUCACUUGCUUAACAAAAUAACCUUUUUUUAAAAUAACCCUUCAGAACGUACAAAGAAAUUUCUUCUUUCUCAUCAACUUCUUGUUUGCAUUUUUGGUUCUGGCACAAUGCUUAAUCUUUUUGGGUUGUUUUGGGUGGUGGUAUUUUUGUUUUGUUUUAAAUCCUUUAACCUUUGAGCAGUUGUUCUUGAACUCAUGCUUUUCUCAUGUUUUUUUGCAUUUUUGGCCCUGAUUCAGCAAAGCGCUUAGGCACGUGUUUAAAUGCCAUUGACUUGAACAAGACUUCACAAAUGCUUAAAGCUAAGCACUUGCCUAUGCACUUUGUUGCAAAUAAAGGUCCCUACUCAGCAAAGAAUCGGCCUCAAUCCAAUAGAUUUAUGCAUGUGCCAAAGUCCAUGUGUGAUCCAUGCCAGACAACGGUCUAUGUCCUGCAAGAUUUACGUAAAUGCUUAACGUCACACAUUGUGAACAGAUUCAUUAAAAUCAAUGGGACCGCACACACUGCAUAAAGAUAAGCACAUGCCUAAGUCUUUGCAGGAUUCAGGCCAUAGUUGUCAAAACCGUUUUACUCUUAAACUCCACCAUUUGCAAGUAGUUGUUUUUAAAGCUUUGUCACUCCAGCUAAAGUCUUAUGUUAAAGUGCUUCUAACUGUAUGGUUGAUAACAGAAUUAUACUGUUAAGAUGUUUAGUGUAUUCCAAUUUUAAGUGUUUCCUUCUUAGGAGCUGACAUUAUUCAUUUCAUUUUUUAUGUUUUUGCAAUAUAAGAGCCCACAUGUGAGGCAGUGAACGUGUCCCAGGCAGGACUAAAAGCCCUCCCUCCCACUGACUGCACUGGUGAAUUAGAGCUCUCAGCUACUCACAUUGUGUCCUUUAUGGCUCGGAAGUUUAGAUUCUUUUGAAUUUACACAAUCCUUGCAGUUCACUUAACUCAUGUGGGAUUUUCUUCAGUGUUGUGAUAUUCUCUUUACCACUUUAUUUGGGGUUGAGUGGGAGAAUCCACAUCUGUAAAUAAAAAAAAAACCACUAAAAUGUUAGCCAGCAAAUUAAAUGUCAAGAUAUGUUGAGGAAUAACAAACCUGGUGAAGCAUUAACAAUGUUUUCUAAGGUGCUAGGAAAUUGAUUAAUUUCUGUGCCAGGAAAAAAAUUUGUCGUCAUAUGAAAUUCCCUGUUCAUUAAGGCCAAAGAGUUUUGUCUGUAACAGGAAUUCUGCCUGACUAAGAACAGCAGAAUCAGGCUUAAAAUUUCCAAAGGGCCCUCAGCCUAACCUCUAAAUGUGUUCACAGUUUGCAUGUGUAAUCAUUUUCCGGUGCAGAUAAUUAAAUUUGAAGGUCUAACUCCCAUACCUAAUUUGCCCAUGAGGAAGGAAUUUGGUCACUUCUCUUUUAUAAUCAGCCCUAAAAUUCCUUGCAUUCUGACCAAACAGUGCAUUUUGUUAGCUUCUGGUGUCAAUACUCAUUCACCUGGGGGUGAACAAAUCUGGUGACAAAUGUGUACAGGAAUGUAGAAGUGUGGUAGUCAAAGUAGGCUUAAUAUCUGAAUGUGAAGUGUUUCCAUUUUAAAUACUGAUUAUUUGCAGAUUAAAAUAUUUUUUCAUAGCAUAUAUUGAAUAAAGAUGGAUUCUGUAUUUAA